UGAAAGCUGUCUUUGAAGGCGUCGCUCAUGUUUGUUUACCGAUGCUAGUCCCUACUAAUUUUAUAUCGUCAAAAACUGGACAGACCGGUUUUACUUAAGAAUUCUACAGAACUCAGAUUUAUGGUCGGUAAUUACCAAAGAGGAUACUUCGUUUCGCCGAAGGCUGAAUGAAAAACCGGUGAUUCUUCUCAUUCUUUGUUGUGGGGUUUAAAGUCAGUGAUCGAGGAUUUCAAUGAAACAGGUCAUGCCACGUCUAAAUAGUAAAAUAAACUCGUCUGAUAUCAAAUAUAAGGAGGACGUUUAUAAUGUCAAGAGGACGCCCUCCUCUCCCAAGGGAGGCCCUAAGAAAAGAUCCGCCUUUGUUGAUCUGACCAAUACGACCAAAACCCAGACAGGCAUCCAAGGAAAAAGUGUCAAAACAGUCAAUAAGGCUCCAAACCGCAAAGUGAUCGCCAAGACUCAUGUCAUCCAGAAAGAUUGUAAGGAUUCCUCUUCUGAAGAACAGCCCAAGAAAGCUGAAUUUAAAGCAGAGGAAUUGCCAGAAGAUUGCUUCAGUGUGUGUCAGCCUGAAGAGCAGUCGACAGUCCAACAGCAAAAGGUUUGUGUUGCCCGGAUGCCUGAGGAGUUUGACAUUGAUAAGGAACACAUCGGUGACUGUUUAUUGAGCCCCGAGUAUGCCAAAGACAUCUUUGACUACCUCAAGAACAGAGAGGAGAGUUUUGUAUUAAGUGAUUACAUGCAGAAGCAGCCAGACCUAACACAAGACAUGAGGGGUGUUCUGGUUGACUGGAUGGUGGAGGUACAGGAAAACUUUGAGUUGAACCACGAGACGCUUUAUUUGGCAGUGAAGAUCACAGAUCAUUACCUGUCAGUGGCUGUUGUUAUGAGGGAGUCGUUGCAGCUCAUCGGCUCCACCGCCAUGCUCAUCGCUGCCAAGUUUGAGGAACGUUGUCCUCCAUCUGUCGAUGACUUCCUUUACAUUUGUGAUGAUGCCUACAAAAGACGGGAGCUACUGUCUAUGGAAGUGAACAUUUUGCAGGCACUCAACUUUGAAAUUAACAUUCCCGUGCCUUACCGCUUCCUCAGACGCUACGCAAAGGUAGCCGGUGUGAAUAUGGAGACGCUGACACUAGCACGCUACAUCUGUGAGUUGAGCCUGCUGGAGGUAGAGCUCGUGUCAGAGAGAUCGUCUCGACUGGCCUGCGCCUGCCUUCUGUUAGCUCUCAUCACCAAAGACCUGGGAGGAUGGACUCCAAUUUUGCAGUAUCACACCGGCUAUGCGUCGACUGACUUGAGUUGUUUGGUCAGGAGGUUGUAUGCAAUGCUGGCAAGCCCCUCAAAUGACAAACUUAAAGCUGUGGACAACAAAUACUCUCACAGAGUCUUUUUUGAGGUGGCAAAAAUUCCCUUGGUUCAUAUCGAUACGCUGGAAGAGGCAUUAACAGUGCAUUGAGAAUCAGCACUUGAGAUUAUUACACAUUAUUCCUGCAUUGUAAAUACGUUAUUUAUUUGUAUAAAGACAUAUAAUAAUGCUUAGAGUGCUGUUGUAGUUUUUUUAAAUAAUUGUUAACGUGUGCUGAUAUUUUGGCACGCAUUAGACAGAAACUCUCAAGACUGUUAGCAGAAUAUCUUAAGCAUUCUUAAACUUGUUCAUUUUAGCAAUUGUAUAUAUAAAAAGUAAUAUUAUGCCUUAUUUCUAAUUCAAAUGUUUUUGCAUUGUUAUUUGCGCAUUUAUAUGGAUAAACGCGAAAGAAUGGAUUUUAUGUAAAAUUAUGUCUUUUACAAUGUUAUUUAUCAUGAUAUUUCUUAACAGAACCAUUUUGUUUCAAUAUUGCUAUUUUUAAAUGGCUUUGCUUUAAAAAAAAAUAAAGAAAA